CCACGCUGCCUGCUAGUACAAAUCCCUCACCCCCUCGCAUCAUCUCUACCCAUUUCCUUAGCGCUUCCAUCACUGCCUAGCCCUGCUUCUCUUAAAGCCUACCUCAGUUUCCCCGGGAGCUGAAACUAAUCUCUCGUCCCUGGAUCCUCUUCAUGGUGUAGCGACGCUGGAAUGUGAGUCAGCGCUUCUUGGAGCGAAAGCCGUUGAGUUAGGGUCCCUCUUCUUCCGCUUCUAGAGGGGUUGCAGGCCGCAGCGAAAGGAACUGUGUCCCGAGCAAGGGAGAGACAAACAUGAAUCAAGAUAAGGAUGACGACAUUGCGCUCGGAACAAACAAAUACGGGGACCGCUCGGCGUUGGGCACGCAUGCGCCAGUCCCCGAGAAGGACUACACAGAGCCGUCCGUGACGCCGUUCUUCGAUGGCUCCGAGUUUCGCCGCUGGUCUUUCUGGAGAGCUGGAAUCGCCGAGUUCAUCGCCACGCUUCUCUUCCUCUACAUUACCAUCCAGACUGUUAUGGGCCACAAGCGAUCGGCAGACCCUUGCCUCGGGGUCGGCAUCCAAGGGAUCGCGUGGGCGUUCGGCGGAAUGAUCUUCGCUCUCGUGUACUGCACUGCAGGAAUCUCGGGAGGACAUAUCAACCCCGCCGUCACGUUCGGGUUGUUUCUGGCACGGAAGGUGUCGCUCAACAGAGCACUUUUCUACAUGAUCAUGCAAUGCUUAGGUGCGAUGUGCGGAGCUGAGAUCGUGAAAGGUUUCCAGCCAAAUUUCUACCAAGAACAAGGAGGUGGGUCUAACUCUGUCGCUCAUGGUUACACCAAGGGCGAUGGCUUGGGCGCUGAGAUCGUGGGCACGUUCGUGCUGGUGUACACUGUGUUCUCCGCCACCGAUGCCAAGCGCAAUGCCCGUGACUCUCAUGUGCCGGUGCUUGCGCCUCUUCCCAUCGGAUUCGCAGUUUUCCUGGUGCACUUGGCCACCAUUCCCAUCACCGGAACUGGCAUCAACCCCGCCCGUAGUCUAGGUGCUGCUGUUGUCUUUAACAAACAGAACAACGCUUGGGCCGAUCACUGGAUUUUUUGGAUCGGUCCCAUGCUUGGCGCGGCGCUCGCCGCAGCUUACCACACGCUCGUCAUCCGAGCGCUACCUUUCAGGAAACGGGUGUAAAAAACCCCGUAAGAAUCGAAUGGUUUUGCUUCAGGGAGCUAUAGCUUCUUCAUCCUCUCUUCUUCGGUGGCGAUUCAAGUCUUAGUGCUCGUGCAAAAGCUAUCCCUCAACUACAGAGCGCUGAAUACACAAGACAGCAAUGUAGAUGGUGGCUCCCAUCGACCAGACUACUAUCAACCUCGUGGCGGAUUUCGAGCUUUGGAAAUAUAUGGAUAUGGCGACCAAGUUGGAUGCUGCUCUUGCUAUCAGACGCUCAUGGCUUGCCUCAUUUUCAUGUUGGAUAGUAUGAUGAAUGUAACAUACAUAAUAUAUCUAUUGUACGUAUCACAAGCUCGAUUUACCGGCUGUCUUUUAAACAAUGAACCUGUCGAGCUGUUGAAUUGAAUUCUGCUUUAUUUCUUUUCUGUUCA